AUGGCAGAUUCGGCUAACACACCUGCUGUAGCCAGCACUAGCCGUCGGAAACGUGUGCUGCAGUUGCAGCCACGUUCUGAGGCCAAGCGUCUUCGAACCUCUUCACAGGAAGAUCUCAACCCUGAUCACAGACUAAACAAUCCCUCCUCAAAAAUACCCACCAAAGUAAAAGGUCAGAAAGCCCUACAUACAAACAACAAGCGUUUGGAGCGAGGCGAGAGCCCAAACUACACAAGCCUAAAAUCGCGAUCGCUGAUCGACUUGGCAACGUUGACGUCGACCGCGGCCACUUCAUCGCAUCGGGACAACAAACGUCACUCGGUCGGCUCCGGAAAAUCUCGACGAUCGUCUCGAUCGCACCCGAUCGAGCAGCCCGAAGAGGAGCCGCGAGCGAAGCGCAACAGUCUCCACAAUCACAAAAACAACGUUGCCGAUAGUUCUUCGUCUACGAGAAGCGGCACUUUGGAAAUCGAAGAGCCGGCUACGGAACAAAAUACCAGCAGCGGAAAAUUUAAGUUAAAAAGUCUGCGUAAGAGCCUAAGUGCAGGACAUUCUUCCAGAUCGGACGACCGUUCGGAAAAAUCUUCGUCGACGGGCAGACACAGCGAGCCGCACGUCAGUCUAAGUGAAAAGGACCUGCGCAGCAGCAGCAGCGGCAAACCGGGCAGGCCGAGGUCUUCGGGCGGUUUCAAGUCGCUCAAUCUCGCGAUCGGACCGUCGUCGACGGCCGGCAACAGAGAACUAGAGGCGCUCGGUGCGGGAACUUCGCGCACUAAAAACCACGCAGCCAGCGUUUCCUUUACCAGUCUAACACAGACCCACAAGUACCCUUUGCGAAGCCGCAGCAGCAGCUCGUCGAGCCGGGCAGCAGCAGCAGCAGCCGGUUCGGGCAGCUUCUCCACCGAGUUGUCGGUGACGCGUUGGUCGCGAAAGUCUUUGCCGGCCGGCGGGCGUAACAGCAGGGAAGUAGCAGCGCUGGGGGCGAGCGGCAGCAGUAGCAGCAGCAGCAGCGCGGCCGCCGCGCAUCAGCCGACCGCGUCGUCGUCGUCCGUUGUCCAUCAUCACCACCAGCACUCCGGCAAGGAGGACCCCCCCACGGACGACUCGCACCAGCAGCCCUCGCGACUCACGCGCAGCGGCGCAGUGCUGAGGCGGAGCACGCGCAACAGCAAAGGGCAUACCACCUCAACAACGGGUUCGUGCGCCAGCUCUAGCGGCGCCAGUGGCAGCGGCGGUGGAGCCAGCCAGAGCUCAUCGUCGAGAAGGGGCGCAUCGGCGGCGGCUGCAGCAGCAGCGGCAGCGCAGACCGGAGGCGGAGCAGCCCGCGGCGGCCACCAUCACCACCAGAAGGUGACCACCGGCUCCGUCGGUGCGCAGCCGUCGCACCUGCACCACGCGCAGGCGCCGCUCCCCGCGGCAGCGAACGCCGCUGCCGCCGCGGGCGCGACCAUGGCGGCGGCCGAUCGACCCGCCGACGUGCCUAACAACGGCCUCUCAGGUAAGAGUAAGGGCAAAACGACGACGACCCACAAACAAGCCACCAACAAGCAACACACAAACAACAAAGGUACCGAAGAACCGCCAUCGCCUCAAGAGGCGGCCCAAGCCACUCUGCAAACCGGGGGCGGGCCUUCAGGUCCGAAUCCCGACUCGGAGAGCGAUGACAGCGAAGUGGGAAGACUGCAGGCGCUGCUUGAGGCAAGGGGACUUCCGCCUCAUCUGUUCGGCGCCCUGGGUCCGCGUAUGCAACAUCUUUUGCACAGAAGUAUGGGCACCAACAGCUCUGUUCAAAGAGCCCAAGCACUUUUACCAGGCCUACAAGCUAGCGGAGAUGAAGGCCAACAAUUGCAGGCCGUUAUUGAAAUGUGCCAAGUUUUGGUGAUGGGCAACGAAGAAAUUUUGACCGGCUUUCCUAUUAAACAAGUAGUUCCAGCCCUCAUUACCCUUUUGGGGAUGGUCAACAAUUUUGAUAUUAUGAAUCAUGCCUGUAGGGCUCUCACCUACAUGAUGGAGGCGCUGCCGCGGUCUUCCGCGGUCGUCGUGGACGCCGUACCGGUUUUCCUGGAAAAACUGCAGGUGAUUCAGUGCAUGGACGUGGCCGAGCAGUCGCUCACUGCGCUGGACAUGCUCUCCCGUCGCCACGCCAAAGCCAUAUUGCAGGCCAGAGGCGUGUCCGCGUGCCUGAUGUAUCUGGACUUUUUCUCCAUCAACGCUCAGCGCAACGCGCUGUCCAUCACGGCCAACUGCUGCCUGAACUUGACCUUGGAGGAAUUUCAGUUUGUGCAGGAAUCUCUCGGCCUGUUGGCCAGCCGGUUGACGCAGCAAGACAGAAAGUGCGUGGAAAGUGUCUGCCUUGCGUUUUCGCGACUCGUCGAUAGUUUCCAGUUGGAACCACAACGUCUUCAAGAAAUCGCCAGCACGGAAUUGUUAACCAACUUGCAACAACUUUUGGUCGUGACGCCACCUAUCGUCAGCACCGGCACUUUUAUAACCGUGCUCAGAAUGUUGUCAGUUAUGUGUGCCAACUGCCCCGACUUGGCUCUAACACUUCUAAAACAAAACAUCGCCGAAACGUUACUUUACCUUCUAACAGGCUCUGCUGAAGUUAAUCAAGAUGACGUCGAAUUAAUACCAAGACAACCCCAAGAGCAAUUCGAGAUAACCGCGUUGAUAGGCGAGCUGAUGCCGAAACUUCCCACCGACGGUAUAUUCGCCGUCGACGCUCUACUGGAACGUCCGGCCAGCGUAGCCAAAGACCAGCCGGUCUGGCAGUGGCGCGACGAUCGCGGCCUGUGGCAUCCGUACGGGCCCGUCGACAGCAGAAUCAUCGAGGCCGCUCAUACGGUCGGCGACGAUGACGUCAGCCUAAACACUUUGGGAAGGAUAUACACCAUUGACUUGCAUACCAUGCAACAGUUAAAUGAAGAUACAGGUACCACAAGACCUGUUCAACGUCGUUUCAACCCGACGGGACCCGCUCAGAACUCGACCCCUUCGGAACCAGCUUCGUCUGGCAGCGGACGUCCGAGUUCUGCGAGCAGGGACGCGCGCGUGGCCUGCUUGAGAGAGGAACGCGGCCUAGCGGCCACUUUUAUUCGUUCUUUGUUCAGCGUGCUCUACGAAGUUUACUCGUCGAGCGCAGGACCGGCUGUGCGCUGCAAGUGCCUCAAAGCCCUACUCAGAAUGGUUUACUAUGCUUCGCCUGAACUGCUUAAGGAGGUUCUAAAGAACCAGGUUGUCAGCAGUCACAUUGCCGGUAUGAUGGCUUCCAGCGAUCUGAGAAUCGUCGUCGGCGCAUUGCAAAUGGCCGAAAUUCUAAUUACCAAAUUGCCCAAAGACUUUGGCGUUCAUUUUCGACGUGAAGGAGUCAUGCAUCAGAUCAACAGACUUGCUGAUCCAGAGGUUCCUUUGGGCGUGAGUCCCCCGAAGCAAUACUACAGCACGACCCCGAACGACUCUCAACCGGGACCUUCGCAAUCGAGCAGCAGCAACACCCUAAGCACCACCGCCAACGGUUCCACCUCCAACACUCUGACGCCAGUCUCGACCACCAUGUACACUUCCACGCCGGAAGCGGCCGCGCGUCUUCAGGACGCCGAAGCGCGUUCCCCCAGUCCUUCGCACGUCCGUCUCACCGACGUGCUGAAGCGCAAGCGCGCCGGAAAGCGCCCCAGCGGAAGCAGCCGAUCCAAAACGAGGCACGAAGACUUGCCUCUGUCGCCCUCCUUGAUGCAGGAUCUGUUCACCAAAGCUGCCUCUUUGGGCAACUCUACGCCAAGCAACACAUCAAGGCCGCGUUAUUCGGGCUCGAGCUCGAAAACUAGCUUCCUUCAAAACCUAAACCCAGCCCGCUGGGGUAGAAGCAUGAACUCGUCGCACGAUCGCAACUACAGCAAGGACUCGAUGAACAGUCUGUCGAAGUCCGCAUCGAACUCGCAUUUGACCGCCGGCAACAGAGAGAAGACGCGCACGUGGGUGCGCGAGCAGGCUUCCAAGUUCAUCGAAACGUACUCGUCCGCCGAAGACGAGCACAAUCCGGCCACGAGCGUCAUCGCCAGGCUGAAGGUCUCCAUCGAGAAGCUGCCGACUGGAAAGUGCGCGGAAGCCUUGUGCGAGCUGCGCGAAAUUUUAAUCGGUUCCGAUAUAUCGCCUUUCGAAGUCAACUACUCUGGACUUAUUAAAGCUUUGCUUUCUUUUAUGGCCGAUGUCAACGGGCCUUUCGAUAGAGACCAAAGGCUGAGAAUACUUCUAAACGUGUUUGCCGACUGCCCGCUCGAGUCGAACGUAACCCGCGUCGGGCCGCUUAACAGCGAAUGGAUGGGCGCUCUUAUCGCCAAACUGAACGGCUGCGUGUCGCAACUUGAACAGUUUCCCGUCAAGGUGCACGAUCUGCCUGCCAGUUCGGGAGCCGGAAGGGGCGGCACCAGCGCCCUCAAGUUCUUUAACACACAUCAACUUAAGUGCAAUUUGCAACGUCACCCUGACUGUUCGAAUUUGAAACAGUGGAAAGGGGGCACGGUUAAAAUCGACCCGUUGGCCUUGGUGCAAGCCAUCGAGCGUUACCUAGUGGUUCGCGGUUACGGUCGUCUGCGCGACAAGGACUGCGCAGACAGCGACGAGGGCGACUCCGACGACGACAUCGACGACACUUUGCAGGGUUGCGCGAUGUCGCAAUCCGGAGCCAAGCACAAGCUGCAAUUUCUCAUCGGCAACAACGUGUUGCCGUACAACAUGACGGUGUACCAAGCGGUGAGGCAGUUCAGCAACAACGGAAACGAUCAGAGCGAGACGGACACCGAUAACGAGACCCCGGUCGGUAACACCGGCAUUUGGGUCCAGACCCACGUUAUUCACUACAGGCCAUUGAAAGAGGAACCGGCUAGUUCUUCUCAGAAAGCGGGAAAUACUUCUGGACACUCGAGCAGGAAAGGCAAAGGGUCUUCAAGCAAGAGUACCAGCAAAAGAAAAGGAGACGAACUAUGGAAUGAAGGCGUUACUCCAGUGGUUCAAUCGCCAUUAACUCCGUAUUUGUGCACAUCGCUUCCCGACUUUGUAACGAUCCAAGACGCUUCAACCGACGUACUAUGCCUACUGCGCAUCUUGAACGCCUUAAACCUUCACUGGAACGCCCUCUACCCCGCCGUAGAGCAGCGGCCCAUUUUGCCGGCAUCUGAAUUUUUAAACGGCAAAAUAGCCGCCAAAGCCAGCAGGCAGUUGCAGGAUCCUUUGGUCAUUAUGACGGGCAAUUUGCCCAACUGGUUGCAACAGAUCGCCUCCGCGUGUCCGUUCUUGUUUCCGUUCGACACGAGACAGUUGCUGUUUUACGCCACCUCGUUCGACAGGGAUCGCGCUUUGCAGAGAUUGCUGGACAUGUCGCCGGAACUUAGUUCUUCGGAUUCGCAGGAACGGGUCACUCCGAGGUUGGACAGAAGGAAACGUACUAUAUCGCGCGAAGAUAUUCUCAAACAAGCUGAACAGGUUAUGCAAGAUUUAGCGUCUUCCAAGGCGCUGCUGGAAGUGCAAUACGAAAACGAAGUCGGUACCGGCUUGGGCCCCACAUUGGAGUUCUACGCGCUAGUUUCGCAAGAACUGCAAAAAUCCGAUUUGGAAUUGUGGUACGCGCCCAACUCCACAGCCGGCGAUUACGUGCUAAAUCCCACCGGUCUUUUCCCGGCUCCUUUGCCCAGAUCCGCAAAAGUAAGCCAGGUCAGCAAAAUCAAGAGCAAGUACAGAUUCUUGGGCAAGUUCAUGGCAAAGGCCGUUAUGGACUCGAGAAUGCUGGAUCUUCCGUUUUCCCUGAGCUUUUAUCGCUGGUUGUUAGGACAAGAGCACUGUUUAACGUUGUCAGAUUUGGCACAUGUCAGUCCAGAUAUUUACAACACUUUGAGAAAAAUGCAGGACGUUGUUAGAGAAAGAGAUGAAAUUUUAAGGAACGGUGACCUUAGUGAAGAGGAGAAGACUGAACAAUUGGAAAAAGUGACCUUUGACGGCUGUUCAAUUGAAGAUCUGGGCAUCGACUUCGUAAUACCCGGCUACAACGUGGAGCUGAUGAAGAACGGCAAAUCGACGCACGUCACGAUCCACAACCUGCAUCUGUACGUGAAACUGACGGCGCACUGGAUGCUGACGGAGGGCGUGGCCCGCCAGAUGGAGUCGCUGCGCGAAGGCUUCGAGUCGGUGUUUCCGCUGCACAACCUGAAGGUGUUCCAGCCGGAAGAGCUGGAGUCUGUUUUUUGCGGCAGCCCGAAGGACUCGAUGUACGGUUGGGACGUGAAAACUUUGAUCGAGUGCUGCCGGCCCGAUCACGGCUACAAUCAGGACUCGAAGGCCAUCAGGUUCCUCUUCGAGAUCUUGAGCGCCUACAAUAGGGAGGAGCAAAGGCUGUUCUUGCAGUUUUUGACAGGCAGUCCGAGGUUACCAGUUGGAGGUUUUAAGGCUUUGUCGCCGCCGUUAACCGUAGUGCGUAAGACGUUGGAGGGCAACUUGAACGCGGACCACUUCCUUCCCUCUGUGAUGACAUGCGUAAACUACCUUAAGUUACCAGACUACUCGACGAUCGAAGUGAUGAGAGAGAAGCUUCGGCUAGCGGCUUCAGAAGGACAGCAUUCAUUUUAUCUUUCCUAA